GCCUUCCUACCCUCCGCCCCUCCCCGCUCUCCUCGCUCGCUUGCUUUUAAUCGCACAUUGAACAAACAUUCAAGAAACUGCAAAGCUGAAAGUGACAAGGCUGCUCGCGCGGUUGGCGGGGAAAGGAGAAUCAGUUAGCAACACAACCAAUCGGUGAAGGCAAGCCCCACGAUUCUACACAAAAAGAAACCAUCCCAUUUUAAAAAACCUCUGGUAUAUAAUAUAGACGGCUACAUUUUAAAAUCCUGAUCUGGAUGAGGAAAUGAUUUCUGGAGCAUUUUGUGUGUGUCUCAGUUCCUGCGAGUGUUUCAAGGGGAUGUGAACUAACAGGACUGUGAAGUCUGCAUGAGUCCCUGAUAUACCAGCUGAUUUGUUUAUGGAGCUUUGGGCAAGGGCCAGGCCAGCUCCUCCGCCCCCCUGCGGCUUCCCAGGCGAUGGUGCUGCCCCCGGCCCAGGGAGGACCCCGGCUGCCCCGCAGAGGCUGACCCAGGAGGAGGAGGAGGAGGCUUGCCCCGCGAGCGCCCGGGCUCAGUACUAUGGCUGUGUACUGCUAUGCGCUCAAUAGCCUGGUGAUGAUGAAUAGCAGCAACGAGGUGAAGAGCGGCGGUAGCCGGAGCCAGACGCCUCCUCCCCGGGGGCAGGUGCUGCAGGUCUCGGAGCUGCACGGCCCCUGCUGCCCGCUGGCCGCGCUCAGUCCGGGUGCCGGGAGCCCCAGCUGCCCCCGGAGGAGCUCGGCCUUCCUCUUUCCCCCCGGGGAACAGCCGCCGCCAGAGGAGCCGGGGAGCGCCGGGACCCCCGGGGGCAGCAGGCGGCCCAGCAGCCCGAGCUGGCUGGGAAGGGAAGAGCCGUCGCGGCCCCGCCAGCGGGAGCUGCAGAACGUGCAGGUGAACCAGAAAGUGGGGCUCUUCGAGGCGCACAUCCAGGCGAGCAGCUCAGCCACCCUGCACCUCAAGAGCCCGCGGCUGGGCAGGAGAUCACCGUCCCCCAUCCCGCCCCGCCGCAGCCGGCCCCCCGGCGGAGACCCACGGGAAGCGCCCAGGAAGGAGGAGGACAAGGUCCCGACAAGCCCCUUUCCCUGGCCGGAGGCGGAGAGGGGGAUAUGGGGCCGCGUAGCACAGGAUCCAGGAGAGACGGAGAGGGGGCGUGAGCCCCCCAGGGCGCAGGCUUCCGGGGAGACGGAGAGGGAGGGUGGGCACUGUGGAGCGCAGAUUGCCGGGGAGAUGGAAAGGGGGAGCAGCACUCUCGGAGAGCGUUGUACAGAGGAGAUGAAGAGGGGCGGUGGGAUGCCUAGAGGGCUGGGAGCGGAGGAGACGGAAAAGAGGAGCGGGUCCUGCGAACAGGAGGGACCGGAGGAGACUGAGAAGUGGAGCGAGUCCCCCAGGGCGCAGAACUCAGAAGUGAUGGAGAGCAGGGAGAGGGGGAGUAGUGGAGCGCAGAACUCAGAAGUGAUGGAGAGCAGGGAGAGGGUUCACACAGCGCAGGGCUCGGAAGUGAUGGAGAGGAGGAGCGAGUCCAGUGGAGCGCGAGGCUCAGAGGUGUUGGAGCGAGGAGAGAGUACCCACAGCGCACAGGGCUCUGGGGUGAUGGAGCGAGGAGAGGGCACCCCCAGCGCGCAGGGCUCAGGGAUCAUGGAGCGGGGCAGGAUAUCCCUAGAAACUCAGGGUUCCGCCUCAACAGAGGAGGGGGGCGAGAACUGCGGAUCGCGGGGCUCGGACUCUUCAGCCGCCCCGGAGCAAGGGAGGGGUGAAGAGCAGCAUUGCCCCACCCGGACUGGCUGCUGGGGGGAGCUCGGGAGUCCGCUGGACUGGGCUGUCUCUGUGGAGGAGCUGUGCCCAGUGCCUGGGAGCUCCUUGGGAGCAGUGGAUCAAGCCCGUGCCCGGCUGCAGCAGGACCACCUUGGAGACGGUCAGCUGCUGGUGACAGCAGCAUCCACAGAACAAAAGGGGAAACCCCCGGGGGAGGGGUGCUGCGGGAGCAGUAUCCCCGCUGUCAUCAUUACUGACCUAGGGGGUCAGGAGGAGGAGGCCGGGGAGAGCCCCCGAGUGAACAUGCCCAUCAGGAAGCUGUCUUCCUCUUCGGCUUCUUCCACUGGCUUCUCCUCAUCCUGGGAAGAGUCUGAGGAGGACAUCUCCAGCGACCCCGAGCGCACCUUGGAUCAAACCCAGCCCUUCCUGCAGACCCUGGACCAGCACAAACCCAGAGUGAGCAAGUCAUGGCGGAAGAUCAAAAAUAUGGUGCAGUGGUCUCCCUUUGUUAUGUCCUUCAAGAAAAAGUAUCCUUGGAUUCAACUAGCAGGGCAUGCAGGUAGCUUCAAGGCUGCAGCCAAUGGCAGGAUACUCAAGAAGCACUGUGAAUCUGAGCAGCGCUGCUUGGACCGCUUGAUGAACGACGUCCUUAAGCCCUUUGUUCCUGCCUACCAUGGGGAUGUAGUGAAGGAUGGGGAGCGGUACAAUCAGAUGGAAGACCUGCUGGCUGAAUUUGACUCCCCCUGCGUUAUGGACUGCAAGAUGGGAGUCAGAACGUAUUUGGAGGAAGAGCUAACAAAGGCCAGAAAGAAGCCAAGCCUGCGGAAGGACAUGUAUCAGAAGAUGAUUGAAGUAGAUCCCAGUGCCCCGACCGAGGAGGAGAAUGACCUGCAUGCAGUAACCAAGCCCCGAUACAUGCAGUGGAGGGAGACCAUUAGUUCUACAGCAACCCUGGGAUUCAGAAUCGAGGGGAUAAAGAAAGAAGAUGGCACAGUGAACCGGGAUUUCAAGAAGACAAGAACAAAGGAACAGGUCACAGAGGCCUUCAGAGAAUUCACUAAAGGAAACCGUAACAUUUUGAAUGGUUACCUUAAUCGGUUGAAGGGGAUCCGUGACACCCUGGAAACAUCAUCGUUCUUUAAAUGCCAUGAGGUAAUUGGGAGCUCCCUCCUCUUCAUUCAUGACCAAAAGGAACAGGCUAAAGUCUGGAUGAUUGACUUUGGGAAAACCACACCACUGCCAGAGGGACAAUUCCUCCAGCACAACGUGCCGUGGGUGGAAGGGAACAGAGAGGACGGCUACCUCUGGGGGCUGGACAACCUCAUUGAGAUCCUAAUGGAAUUGUCACAGAGCGAGGACCUGCAUUAAAGCCAUACGUCCAACUCCACCACUACCCUGCAUCCUGCCCCUCAAACUGACUCUUCUGAACUGCACUACAAGACACUUUCCAAACCCUGUCCCCCGCCCAUGUUAAAGCUAUAACUUCCCUAUUUAAGGUGGUUUUUAGUUUUUGUACAUAUGUAGAUCACCUGCCAGAACAAACGCUGAACUUGAAGCCUUGGCUUUGCUCAGUAGAUGGGAGCAGAUCGUGUCGCUCGUCGCAGGCGCCUUUGCAGCGAGCAGCUGUGGUCUGGAUGGCAAGGCGAACGCAUGCUCUUUCCAUAGCAUUUCUGGCUCUUAGUCAAUCUCUUUUGAACAAGAAUUUACGUAGUGAGCAGUUGUGCAGCUGACGUGCCCUCCAGUUGAACGAAGAUGGUGUCCGAACCCUGAGUUCUGUUGCUCCUGAACUGUGUAAUUAAAGCCCUUCCAGCUAAGUGAAUGACAGAAUUUAUUCAGCUGUAAGGAUCAUCUGUCCUCUAGUGGCUGGUGUUGGUAACACACCAUCCUCAAAGCAGUCAAGGCUUCAUAGCUUUUAGAUUGCCAUUUUAAGUGUUUUAGGGUUUAUGGAAUAAGAAAGACACAGAUUCUGGAGAAGGUGAAGGCAGGGAUACCAGAUUGGGAGUGGUUUAGUUACAUUUAAUAACAUCCUUCGUCCUAGGAAGCUAGAGGUUUGGAAUCCUUAGGAGAUCUAGGUUUCUCUCUCUUCGAGCAACCUUGUUAUCCACUUGUGAUUGUUCCGUUAUUUUCGAGUGGCCAUUGGAAUUGCGAAGUCUGUUCUUGUCAAUAACCAAGUGUGGUGUGACUAUGGCUCUUACUAACCUAUUUGGUGCUGGAUGAUAAGCUUCCCUCUAACCACUGAGGUGGGCUGGCGUUGUCAGCUGUAGAUGUUUACCAUGGGCCUGUCUUCAAAUUGAAAUCGCCUUUGAGCAAUUUAGCAGUAGGGCAGUGUGCUGGCACGUGAAGAUCUGAGGCUGAUGCUCAGACCUCCUAGGCCAGCACUGACUGGGAAUACUGUGGAACCAAUAGUCUGAACCAAGACAACAAGGAAGAGAUUUCUCUUCUGUCUCCAGCGAUCCUGCUCCCAUUAUAGGAGCAACUUCCAGCCCUCCUGAAUUGGGAUGGUAGCCUACCAUGUGGCUUGAAGCCUCAGAUGAGGCUGAAGGAGAGUGAAAGUGGCUAUAGGGAUCAUAGUGAAACUUUAAAAAGGUUUCAGUGUUGGUGGGUAUCUCCUAGCAAUAAUCAAGUAAGCUGUCCUCUGUGCUUUGUGUAAGGCUAAUAUUGCCAAGUGUGCAAAAGGGGAUGGGAACCCCUGGUAAAUCUGGAUCAGAAGGGAGUUCACAAGAGGAGCGGUCUCCAUUAUUUUUCAAUGCCUUUGAGCGUCUUUUGUAGUAUCCUUGUUACAAGCCCUCACGAUUGGCAAAUGCCAGGCAUACUUAUGGGUUCUUGUAGAACCAGUCCUGCCUACAUCUCAAACAGAAUUGCAUUAACUGAUCUAAAAGGGUUCUUUCAUAUGUGCAAACAACCUACCCCUAGUGGUGUGCGCUUGAGAGCUCUCAUAUCCACAGGGGUAAAUGGAGGGGGUUAGGGCGGGAGGCAGCUCUCAAGGUUAUCGUCUCAGUUUUACUGGGUAAGACACAGGGAUUUAAGGAACCCCCAGCCCCUGCACACACACACACACACACACACCCCUUCCUUAUUACCAUGUAGCUCACUAAAUCCAGCUCUGGUUUUCACAAAUAGUUCCCUAAUCUGCUCUGCCUAAAUUGGAUGUAGACAUGGCCUUUCUGCUUCAAGGCUUGUGAAAACAACCAGUUCUCUAUUUAGGGUGGAGGCUAAUUUUUAACUUCCUGGAACAUUUGAAUUAAGCAGCAUGCUUGCAGCAGAGCUAGCUUGCUAAAGGUCAGCUAUUGACGUGGGAGGGGAAGGCCGUUGGUGCCUCUUGCUCUUCCUGGAGAGCUUGGAGUUCUCCAGAACUUAGGUCAUAAGGACAGUAUUGAGCUUGGGUCAUGAACAAUCCUGCAGCUUUUUCUCCAUGAAUAAUACAAGCUAGCUAGGAGUCUGGCAGAAGUUAUGAACCUUUCUCCCCCCCCAACUCUGAAAGACCAUUGUCUCAUCUCUUUCCCCGGUGGCGAUGCUAUCAGCCCGCUCUGCAAUAGUUAGAUGGGUGCAACUUUCCUGCGUCAGGAAGAUACCCUCACUGCGGCACUAGGUGUGUGUGUGUGUGCCGGGGGGGCGCGACUCGGCCAUCCGUUGUUCCCCAGCCAUGCACAAGUCUCUCUCGUGGAGAUUAAAAUCUCAUCAGACUUUCUCAGUUCAUAUCUCACCAGGCACAGGUCUGUAGUUCUGAGCAUACAGUUGUAAAUGGUUGCACUGUUCAGCUUUUUGCCCAGGUUUCCUAUGCUGCUUAGAGUAGCCCCUGUGGAAGUGCCUUACGAACUUGCCCCUGUUCCAUUAGUGUCAUGGAAAAGGUUUUUAAGUUAUAUUUAUUUUCAUUCCUUUUUAAUUGCACAAAACACUACGACUUAAUGCAUGGAAUCUUUUUUUUUAAAAAAUAACCCUGUAUUCUUAGUUUUUAAAAUGUCCUUUUCCAGCUUUGGGGAAAGGGCUCUGAGCAGCAGACUAGAUAUGUACCAGUUUUAGCUGUAGUUUAGCUUUGCAUUGCUCCUGUAUAUGUACAUUAUUUUAAAGUCUGUUUUGUAAACCCGAUUCCUUGUUUUGUGGCUUCGAAAGAAGCGGAUUGUUUCCCCGGAUGUCUUAUGCCUUCCUGGAGGCUGGAACUGUUGCUGUGAGGUAUUCCUCCCCCUCUCCCCUCAGUCACUGGGUGAUGCAGAGUAAAUCUGAACUGUACUGAAACACCAACGCACAGUGCCUGUAAAGAGCCUAUAACUUCCAAAUAAAGGCAUAUGAAAACCAA